AUGGGUGUCCCAGCGCUCUUUCGGUGGCUUCACAAAAAGUACCCCAAGAUCAUCACGCCUGUGAUUGAAGAGCAACCUUACGAAGUGGAUGGCCAGCAAUAUCCGGUGGAUACAACGCGGUCAAAUCCCAAUGGCGAAGAGUUUGACAACCUUUACCUUGACUUCAAUGGCAUUGUUCAUCCUUGUUCUCACCCAGAGAACAAGCCGCCUCCUGCCACAGAAAGUGAAAUGAUGAUGGAGAUUUUCAAGUAUACAGAACGAGUCGUCAACAUGGUGCGACCUAGGAAACUCCUGUUAAUAGCGAUUGAUGGUGUUGCUCCUCGUGCAAAAAUGAACCAACAACGGGCGCGUCGUUUUCGGUCUGCAAGAGAUGCUAAGGAAGCCGACGAGAAAAAGGCGGAGUUUCAAACGCUUCUCAGAAGCCAGCAGCAUAGCAGAGGAGACCCGGAAACUGCGCUGGAGGACGUUGUAAAAAAGACCUGGGAUUCUAAUGUCAUUACACCGGGUACACCCUUCAUGGUCAUUCUUGCUAUCUCAAUACGGUACUGGGUGCAGUGGAAGCUCAAUACCGAUCCUGCUUGGGAGAAGCUUAAGGUCCUCAUUUCUGAUGCAACUGUUCCGGGGGAGGGAGAACACAAGAUCAUGCAAUUCAUUCGAUCUCAACGUGCUGAUCCAGAAUAUGACCCUAACACGAAACAUGUCAUGUACGGUCUAGACGCUGACUUGAUAAUGCUUGGUAUUGCUACACAUGAACCUCAUUUCCGUAUUCUUCGAGAAGAUGUCGAGAUCAGAGAUGCCAAAGCCAAGACUUGCAAUCUUUGCGGCCAGAAAGGUCAUUAUGCCGAUAACUGCAGAGGCAACACAAAGGAUAAAGCCGGGGAUUACGAUGAGAAGGAGAAAACCCCUGACUUGAAACCGUUCAUCUGGCUGAACGUGCCCACCUUGCGGGAAUACCUUGGAGCUGAGAUGUUUGUCCCUGGUCAACCCUUUCGUUUUGAUCUUGAGCGAGCCCUUGAUGAUUGGGUGUUCAUGUGCUUUUUCGUUGGCAACGAUUUCCUUCCUCAUCUCCCUAGUCUUGAUAUCCAUGAGGAUGGUAUCGAUACUUUGAUCGCUAUUUGGCGUGACAACAUCCCCAUCAUGGGUGGUUACCUGACCUGUGAUGGCAAAGUUGACCUCAGCCGUGCACAAUUCAUCCUGCAAGGUCUUGCCAAACAGGAAGAUGCCAUUUUCAGACGCCGGAGACAGACAGAGGAGAGGCGGGAACAGAAUCAGAAGCGACGAGAUCAAGAAAAAGACGCACGUGAGCAAAGAGAGCAAGGUCGCGAUGCCAAAAGACGACGAAGCUCUCCAGAUUACGGUCAAGGAGGAUUCAAUGGCUCCAUUAAGGGACGAAGUGACGAUCGAGCACCAACCAACGCUCCCAUGAAUCUGAUCUCCCCUCAGAGCAUCGAGGUAGACUACAACAUGGUGGUGAACAGAGGCGCCGUGGACAGGGCUAAUGCUGCCAACAAGAGUGCUGCUGCUGCGCUGAAAGCUCAAUUGAUGCAAAAGAACAAACCUGCAGAAACACCAGAGAAGCCAACCAACGAGCCAGGUGCCGUCGAGCAGACUCCGCCUUCAGCGUUGGGAAAGCGGAAGGCGGAGCUACUGGAAGAAGAUGAUGAUAGUAGCACACCAGGACGCUCCACUCCUAUCAGUCAACCAGAGACCAAGACAAAUGGGGCAAACCCCGAUGAUCUACCCCCUGAUACUGUACGUCUAUGGGAGACAGGAUAUGCGGAGCGAUACUACGAGCAAAAGUUCCAUGUCGCGCCUGAUGACUACGAAUUCCGACGCAAGGUGGCACAAUCCUACGUUGAAGGCUUAGCAUGGGUUUUACUCUACUACUUCCAGGGAUGCGCUUCAUGGACUUGGUAUUACCCCUAUCAUUACGCACCAUUUGCCGCUGACUUCAUCGACCUCGAUAAAAUGGACAUCCAAUUCGCCAAAGGCAAACCCUUCAAACCCUACGAGCAGCUCAUGGGCGUUUUACCCGCAGCAUCCAACCACGCUAUCCCACCCGUAUUUCAUUCCCUCAUGACAGACCCAGACAGCGAGAUCGUAGACUUCUACCCCGAAGACUUCGACCUGGACGCCAACGGCAAAAAACAAAGCUGGAAAGCCAUCGUUCUCCUCCCCUUCAUCGACGAGAAACGUCUCCUGUCCGCCAUGAACACCAAAUAUCCGCUCUUGACGGCUGAAGAGCACGCGCGCAACGAAAUGGGCAAAGACGCCCUCUUCGUGUCCGACCGCCACCCACUCUACGACCUCCUAGCCACAGAAUUCUACUCUAAAAGGCAGAGGAAUGCUAAUGGAGAGAACACGGUCAAACUCCCCGUCCGAACAGGCGGUCUCGCCGGUAUUGCAGAGAAAAACUCCAGCUACCUUCCCCACAUGUCUCUUCAAGGGCCGGAAGAGGACAUCAAGCUCGAACCCGAGGUCGACGACGAUCGCAGUAUGAGCGUGCUGUACACGAUGCCAACGUCGAAACAUGUGCAUAAGUCCAUGUUAUUGCGGGGUGUCAAGGAGCCAGCGAAGGUGCUUGAUCAUAGUGAUAUUGCGAUCUUGAAGAGCAAAGCGAGGAAUUCAGGGAGGAGUUAUGGUGGUGCGCCGCUUGGAGAUCGGAAUGGGAGUUAUGGGAAUGGUGGUGGGAGGGGCGGCAGAGGGGGUGGGAAUAUCUCCUUCCAAGCUGACAGGCCUCCGCCGCCGCAGUAUGAUCAGCAGAGGGGAGGAACAGGGGAGGUCGAUCGAUCGAACCCCUUUGCGGCGUUCCUGGAUCCGAAAUUCGUACCUCCGCCCGUGGUCGGUGCGAAUGGGAGAAUCCCUCCGCCUCCACCUCCUGUCUCUCAGCAGUAUGGACGUGGACCGCCUAGCGCAGGCUCGAGUUCUUACGCGCAUGGUGGGUAUGGGCAGCGAGAUGAUGGUGGAUACGGCUCUGGUAGUGGUUCACAACGUGGACAGUAUGGUGGCUAUGGUCAGGGCCAAUACAAUGGGGGUAGAGGAGGGGGUGGGGAUCGGUAUGGUGGGUCGCAGCAGCAAUAUAGUGGGCCGCCAGGAGGCGGUGCAGGUGGUCGGUCGAUCAGCGAUAGCUAUUACGCCAGCGGGAGUGGCCAGAGCUAUGGUCAAGGAGGAUAUGGUGUCAACGGGGACACAGGCGGCGGCAGGGGUGGUGGUGGAGGAUCACAGAAUUAUCGGGGCAGCUACGAUCCCAGGUAUGGAGAUGGGUAUGGGAGGCGUUGA